AUGGCAUAACCAGAUCCAAAAUUAUUAUCAAUGUUAGAAAAAGUAUCUCAUCCAAUUCUUGAAUUGGAUUUAAAAUUAAAGGUACAUGGUGUAUAUAAUUUUCCUGAAGAAUGGAAAUAAACAGAUGAAUUGAAUCCAACUUUAUUUUCCUAUUCAGCCAAGAUAUUUUAAUUAGAAGCACAUGAUGGUAAGUUACAUUCUCGUGAAUUAACUGAAAAAGAACUAAAAGAAUAAGAAGAAUUAGCUUUAUAAAAGAACAAAAAAGCUCCUGCAGCAAAAAAAGAUAAAAACGCAGUCCAAGAAGUUAUUUUAACACCUGAAGAAGAAGAAUAGUUAAGACUUUAAUAAGAAAUAGAGGCCGAAAAAGUAAGAGUUUUUUAAUCAAUGUGGGAUUAAUUAGAUGAAUAAGGAAGAUUUUAUCACAUAAGUGAAGAUAAAUACAAACAAGGAUGGAUAAACUGGGAAAAAGAUGAAGAUUAAACUAAAAAAGAAGGUGAAGAUUUAGAUUAUUUAGAAGAAUGUAUAUAUGAAAAAUAAGGGGAAUAUAUUUAUUUUUAGAAAAAUGUUCUUGCUUCUGAUGAUGAAAUUGUAAAAAUGAAAAAAACAAAGCCAAAAGGACUUAAUUUAGCAGAUUUAAAUAAUUUGACUUUCCGAGCAUGGGUAAAUUUAAAAGAAUUUGAAAAUCCAGGUACUAUAGAAAUUACAUAAAGAUGUUAAUUAGAAUAAGUUAUUUCUGAAGAUUCCCCUUCAGAUUUACCUAAAUUUAAUACUGAAAAAUGCUAUAUUAAAAUAAGUUUAAUUUUAAGUUAAGCUAUAUCUCCUUUAGUUGAAGAAGUUAAACCUACUAUAGAGGAAUUAGUACCUAAGAAUUUAAAUAUUAGUAAAUAAUAAAAUACAAAAAGUAUUAUUAAUGAAUUAAAAAAUGAGCUUGUGGGUGCAAUAGAAUCUUUGGCGUUGGAAUAUUAAAUGUUUGGAAGUCAAAAUAAUACAAAUAGUGAUAAUAAAAAUAAAGGAUAUACUUAUUAAUAAAAAGCUUAAGAGGCUUAAGGAAGAAAAGAGUUGUUUUUAUAUCAUUUUGGAAAAGAAAAUAAAUAUAAAAUUUUAAAAGAAAAAUUAAAGAAGUCUAUAAUAAAGAUAUGCCGAGAUAAAUUUUAAAAAAACGGGUUUAUUUAAGGUAUAACAAACGAUUAAAAAGAUAUGUUUUAUUCAGAAAUUUAUGUAUUUUUAAUAGAAUAAACUAGAUAAACUUUAUCUGAUUUAAUUGAGUUAAAAAAAGAAGAUUUUCAUGAAGAUAUUAUUUUAACUUAUGAAUAAAGUUAAAAAGAAAGAGAUAAAAUAUUAAUAAAUAUUACAAAAGAAAGUUAAGAAGAGAAAUUAUUAAGACUUUCUAAUGAAUAUGAAAUAAUUAAUUAAAUAGAUUUAGCCGAGAAAUAUAUGAAAAAUUUAAUAUAUUUAAAUAGUUAAGUACAUACAUCAUAUUUUUAAUACACUAAAUUUCUUUUAAGAAAUAAAAAUUUCAAUAAAGCAGAAAUGAUGCUCGAAUAAGCUUUGAAAUUUGAUCCUUUAAAUAAAGACUAUUAGCUUUUAAUGAGUAGUUUAUAUUUAAGGAGAAAUAGACAUAAAGAAUGUCUUAAUAUUUUAAAUAAAUUACUUAAUUAGGAUAAAGCUUGUAAAUUAUAUAAUACUAUGAUAUCUAUUAUUUAUUAGAAAUGGUUAAACGAUCAAAAAUAAAGUGAAAAAUAUAAAAAAAUAUCAGAAAAAAUUUACUUGAAAAACUAAGGAAUGCUACCUCCAAAAAUUAAUCGUAAAAAAUUCGCAAAUCCAUUCGAAACUCCUAAUUUUAAACCGAUUAUAAAUGAUGCAGAUUUAAAUAAAGGACCAACUUUGUAAAAUGAUUAGUGGGAUGAAAUAUAUUUAGAAGUUAUUGAUUAUUUUUAGAAAAAUAGCCUUUAUGAAUUAGUAGAAUAGUGUAUGGAGUUUGUUUUUGAUAAUGGAACAAGUAAAGUUUAACUUAUUAAUUGUCAAAUUCAACUAUUUAAAGAAAAUUAUGGAGAAUGUCUUAAUAUUGUUAAUAAACUUUUGGUAAAAAAUAAAAAUAGUUUAGAUGUUUAAAUGUUAAAAGCUAAUAUAUGUUAUUUAUCAGAUAAACUAUAUGAAUGUGAAGAAGUUUUCUUAAAAGCUUUAAAAUUAAGAGGAUAGAAAAAUUAAAGUUAUUUUAAUCCUAUUGUAUUUUUAAGAUUGGGUUCUAUUUAUUUAUAGAGAAAAUCAUGGGGAGAUGCAAAAAAAAUAUUCGCGAAAUCUGUUGAUAAUAAACCAAAUUCAAGCCUAUCUUGGUUAGGUUUAGGUAUUGCUUGUUUAAGAUUAAAUGAAAAAAAAGAAGCUGAAGAAGCAUUAACAUAAUCUAAUAUUUAUGAUUCUUUUAAUGGAGAAGUUUGGGGUUACUUAGCUUUACUUUGUCUUUUAGAUAAAAGUAGAUUAAUUUAAUCUGAUUAAUGUUUAGGUGAAUUAAUUAAAACUGAUGUUACUGAUAUAAUUUUAUUAGAAGAAUUAGGUGAUGAAUUAUCAAAUAUUGGAUAAUAUAUUAAUGCUGAGAUAAUUUAUUCUAAAAUAAUAGAAAUUUAAAGAUAAAAAAAAUAAUAUUAAAAAAAUAAUUUAUGUGAUAUUAAUGUUAAAUACGGAAAAAUAAAAAUAAAUUUAAGAAAAUAUAAAUAAGCAUUAUAAUGCUUUGAGGAAGCACUAAAAAUGUCAGAAGGAGAAACUUAAAAAGCUAUUAUAAAAGAACUAAUUUAAAAUGCUAUAUUUUAUUCAAAUAAUUCUAGAUAUGAUUGA